GAGCUUUAUCCUGUCAGUGCUGUGCCAGAAGGGGAUCUGACCUGACAGGAAUUGUUUCUCAGUAUGGCAAGCACACGGCUGCUGCUCCUGACUUUUCUUGCCUACUCUGCUUAUGGAGCUGGAUUAGAUGAUAAGAAAGGACCAUUAGAUCAUAAAGUCUUGGAUGUGCCAGAAGGCACACCAGCGAAGUAUCCUAUUUUUCAGUUUACAUCCACAGCAGAAGGCGUUUCAUCAUAUCAUGUGAGCGGUGACACAGAAGGGAAGAUUAGAAUAUCUACUGAUGGUUGGCUGUACCUUGAAGAAGCACUGGAAUGGAGCCCGGAAAAAAAACAUACUCUAAAUGUUGAGGCUCUUUCAGCUGAUGGUGAAAUCGUUGAUGGACCCUAUACAGUUGUUCUCCUAGUUGUGGAUGUCAACAACAAUCCUCCUGCCUUUAAUCAGAGCCAGUACAGUGGAACUAUUAGAGAGCUUUUACCUGCAGGAAUUCCAUUUGUACGUGUGUUCGCCACUGAUGCUGACGAUCCAGACACACCUAAUUCACAACUGAGCUACAGCAUUGAGAGCCAAUUUCCCAACCCUACUGAUGCAGCUUUAUUUACUAUUGACCCAAAGACUGGGGAAAUUUCCACCACGAAUGAGGGAGCUGCUUUAAUAAGAGCCAGAACUGGAGUUAUGUACAGUCGUGGGGAAACUCGGGGAAAUGUUGACGUUCUGAGGAGGAAGUUUAAUGAAUUCUGCUUGCCAAAUAAUGACAUCCCCUUUGAGGACAACCCCUUCUUCACUUGUGUUCAACGUGCUGAGACCAGACGACUGAAUGCCGUACAGGAUCCAGACUACAUUCUUAUUGUGCGAGCGGAGGACUUAGGUGGUGGGGUUCCGAAUGCGCUGAGCAGCAUUACAAGAGUCAAUAUUGUUGUGAUUCAGAAUCUGUGGAUUAGCCCUAAACCACUUCUCAUCAUGGAGAAUUUGAAAGAUGGAUAUCCCAUGCUGCUUACCACGGUGCGUGCCAAUGACCCCAAUGCACUGUACAGGCUGGUGCAGAAGGAGAGAGAGAUUCCAUUUCCUUUCACUAUUAAUGAAGAUGGAGAGAUCUACAUCACUGAGCCACUGGACAGAGAGAUCAAAGACAUGUACAUCCUGGUAGUCCUGGCUGAAGAUGAGCAUGGCAACCAGCUGGAAGCUCCUAUGGAGAUCCAAGUUGAGGUGGGAGAUGCGAAUGAUAACGCUCCUCAGUGUGUUAAUGCUGAAAGUGUGUUUGAGGUGCAGGAGAAUGAGAAAGUCGGAAGCCAAGUUGGAGAUCUGAUGGUUCAUGAUUCCGACAAGGAAAACACACUGAACUCCCUUUUGACCUACAAGCUUUUGAGCCAGACUCCCACCAGUCCAUUUGACGGAAUGUUCAAAAUUGAUGAAACACGUGGGAGGAUCCAAGUAGCCAAACAUAACUUCCGUAGAAGGGAUGUGCCGCAGUAUCACCUUAAGGUUUCGGUCACAGAUGGAGUUCACAGCACAAAGUGUGAUGUCAUCAUCAAAAUCAUUGAUCUCAAUAACGAGGUCCCCAUCUUUGAGAAGAAUGAUUAUGGGAGAUUUAGUGUUUCAGAAUUAGCUGAAGUAGGAGACACACUGCUAACCAUCAAGGCUACAGAUGCUGAUGAUCCAGGAACAGGCAGCUCUAAGGUGGAAUACCACAUCACUGCCGGUGAUCCUGAAAGUGUAUUCGCCAUAGAAGUUAAUGAUACCACUGGAGAGGGCAGAAUCUACAUAGCAAAGCCAUUGGAUUAUGAGGUUCAAUCGACCUAUAAUCUUCACAUUGAUGCCCGUAAUCCUGAGCCGCUGAUCGAGGGGGUGGUGUAUGACAAUCGUUCCACUACGGUCGUUGUCAUUGAGCUUGCCGAUGAGGAUGAGCCUCCAGUGUUCACUGUAGAUACUGUGAAUAUCAACAUUCCAGAAAAUAUCACUGUAGGAACUACCAUCUUGGCAGCCCAAGCUGAAGACCCAGAGGGACAUAAAAUCAUGUUUAAGAUGGAGGGAGAUGAGCAUGGCUGGCUGGAGCUAAAUCCUGAAUCAGGCGAGUUGAAGACUAAAGCAGAGUUGGACAGAGAAGUGGUGGAUCAGCUCACUGUCCGAAUAAUUGCAUAUGAAUCAGAGGGUCAGAUGCAGCAAACUGAGAGGGAAGUGUCCAUCCAGCUGAUGGAUGUAAAUGAUAAUUAUCCUAAGCUAGAGAAGACUCAGGGAUUCAUUUGUGUGAAGACGCCAAAGCCCUUGAUACUGACUGCCAAAGACGGAGAUGCUGAGCCAUUUGGGGAACCUUUUACCUUCAGUCUGCAAUUGGAGCGCAGCUCUCCUAACUGGGAGAUCACCGCAAUAAACGGUACUUCGGCUCAGCUUGUGCUGAAGAGGAAGCCCACCAGUGACCAGACCUUCAAAAUCCCUGUCAACAUCAAGGAUAAUGGAAACAUGGGCAUUACACAGAGGAUCGAGGUUCGAGUUUGUAACUGUACUAACCUGGGCUACUGUUACAUGGAGCCAGAGACUCAUGCCUGGAAGUUUGGACUGUCCACUACAAUGGCCAUUCUCGGAGGCGUCCUGGGAUUUAUCGUUUUGUCCCUGGUUAUUAUUAUGUGCCGCAUAAAGAAGAAAGAAAAGACGAAGGAGACGACGACGACGACUGACGGGGAAAUCAACCCGAUGCUCUAGAUGCUGUGCUCAGUGAAAGAAAUACUGUAUGCAUACUGGAUUAUUCAUAUCACAUGCACGGUUAAUAACAUGUUGUCUUUUUGAACUCCUUGUGUUUUUUGUAUUCCAUUUGGCAGGUAAUUUAAAUGAAACAAAAUGUUGAGCCAUGUAGUGCUAAGACUGGAAUUGUCCAAGACAAGGUGUCAUGUAGAAACCAUGCGACUGUGCCAUGUAGAAUAUUAGACUCUCCCAAACAUCUUAACUCAAUUACACCUUGAUCGAUUUUUAAACGUUAGUACAAAUUUCCUUAUUUUAGCCAAGAGUUUGAAAUAUGACUAAAUUAUUGUAAUUUCUCCAUCUUUAAUAACUCGACUAAAUGCCCUGAAAGUGUUGAUUUUCUGAGGUUGUGUGUGUAUCUGACAGUGUAUGUUUGGUCAGUGAAGAUUUGCGCUGCAUUAAUCAGUGCUCUGUUAGUAUGUAAAUGCUUGUAGUAUUAUAAAGAUACAACACUAGAUAUUGUAAUGCUAUGUAGAAUAAUAUAUUUAUUGUCAUGAACACAAUCAGUCAAAAUGUAAAAACACUGUAUUACCCUUACACUUUCUGACCCAAAUUUUAGUUCCAGUCAGCAUUAAGAAAAACUUGGAAAGCCUAUAUAUACACACACACACACACACACACACACACACAC